AUGUCCGCCGGCCGAUUGGCGUGCCUGCUCUCCUUCUUCGGUCGUCCCACCCAAGGAUUCGGACGACUUCCACAAGUUACCAACUGGCAAUGGACCAAGGAUGAAGCGCAGAACCAGGAUGAGCUUCGAUGGAGGGCUGUAAGACGAAACUUGGCUAGUCCGGCAUCAAGGGUGUUUCAUGACAGCAUUAGUCGGCUCACGUAUCGCUUAUAUCCAAACGGAAUCCUUGCUCGAGGCCAGAAGGUCCAGCUGGCGAAUGUAUGGGCGGUAUUUUGGGCAGAGAUGAGCAUAAUUGGCAUGAUAGAGAACCGGCGGAGGAGGAUGAGCGACUUCGCGGAGGCCGCAUUCCGGCCACUACGACGAAUCGACUCCCACGUCCUCGUGGAAACAAGGCCUCCAGCGGAUCAGGAACCUAGAUGCCUUCGAAAAAUCUUCGAACAAACGUUGACGAAGAUGACAAAUGGCGCUGUGAACACUGAACGCAGAUGCAAACCGAAGGGUAGCAUGGAAGAGCUCUUGCCGCUCAUGUGGCCAGUUCAGACAGACGAUCUUUUGCGAAAAUCACGACUGCGAUCUUGCAUGUUGUACCCACGAUUUCUAGGCACACUGGUGCUGCGCGAGGGACAGAAGAGAAACCCGGAUCACUGGACAUUAUCAAUCACAUUUCGGUGA